AUGUCACCCCAAAGCGACAAAGAAAAAGAAGAAAUGGAACAAAUCCAAUACAAAGAGUCAGUUGGGGCACUCCUCUACAUAUCUACCACAACAAGACCGGACACAUCAUAUGCAGUAAGUCAAGUGGCAAAAUUUAAUCAAAAUCCGGGAAUCAACCACUGGAAAGCUGUGAAAAGGAUCUUUCGCUACCUUGCUGGAACCAAGAAGUAUGGAAUUUUUUUCUCCCCGAACAGUCAUGAAGAAGAAAAAGGAGUAACUGGAUAUACAGAUGCUGAUCAUGCGGGAGAUUUGGACGACAGGACAUCCACAUCAGGGUGCGUGUUUAUCUGCCAUGGGGGAUCAUUCUCCUGGUUCAGCCGAAAACAAAACUGUACGUCGCUCUCCACAACAGAAGCGGAAUUUGUAGCAGGUGGAGAAGCAGCAAAAGGAGGAACUUGGAUCAAAGCAUUCUUGAAAGAAAUCAACAGAGGAGGGAAGGAAGUAAUUCCACUUUAUUGUGACAACCAAGGUGCCAUCAAAUUCGCAAACAACCCGGAACUACACAAGAAGAUGAAGCAUGUUGAACUAAGAUUAAGAUAUGUCCAACAGUCACAAAGGACCGGGAUAAUUGACGCCCGCUAUGUCAAAUCCAAAAAUCAAGUGGCAGACAUCUUUACAAAGGCCUUACCUACCCCAAGCUUCCAAUAUCUCAGACAAAAAUUAGGUGUAAGGGAGAAGUGGAUGGAUGAAAAAUUAGAAGGGAAUACAGGACAGUAA